AUGAGCACUUCUCUGAAUUACAAGUCCUUUUCCAAAGAGCAGCAAACCAUGGAUAACCUGGAGAAACAACUUAUUUGUCCCAUCUGUUUAGAGAUGUUUACUAAACCUGUGGUCAUCCUUCCCUGUCAGCAUAACCUGUGUAGAAAAUGUGCCAGCGAUAUUUUCCAGGCCUCUAACCCAUAUCUGCCAACCAGAGGAGGCACCACUAUGGCAUCAGGUGGUCGAUUUCGCUGUCCCUCCUGCAGACAUGAAGUGGUUCUGGACAGACAUGGUGUGUAUGGACUUCAAAGGAACCUAUUAGUGGAAAAUAUCAUUGACAUAUACAAGCAGGAGUCCACCAGACCUGAAAGAAAAUCUGAGCAGCCAAUGUGUGAAGAGCAUGAGGAUGAGAAAAUUAAUAUCUAUUGUUUAAACUGUGAAAUACCCACAUGUUCAAUGUGCAAAGUUUUUGGUGCCCAUAAAGACUGCCAGGUUGCUCCUCUGAAAAACGUUUAUCAGCGACAAAAGUCUGAACUCAGUGAUGGCAUUGCAGUGCUUGUGGGCAGUAAUGACAGAGUGCAAGGAAUAGUAGGUCAACUGGAGGAGACCUGCAGGACAGUAGAGACUGGGUCUGAACCAUCCCCUCAAGGACAAGUGGAAGACGUUCCAGUGAGCAGUGAAAGAGCUGAUGAGCCGGCUCGUCAUGUCUUCUCUUUCUCCUGGUUAAACUCAUUGAAUGAAUGA